GGCUGCUCGCCCCCCCGCUUGCAUCACGGGCGCAUGCGCAGUGCUCGGCGGAGAAGCCCGAGUCAUCGCGACCCCAGCGGGGUGACGUUUGUGACGCGCACGCGCGCCGAGGGGAACGGGCGGUUGGGCCGCGCAGCGGGAAGCGUCAGAGCCGGGCUCCUUCCCCGUUGCCAGCCGCCGCCAUCAUGCUGUGGUUCCCCGGCACCAUCCCGGCCGCCAUUGCUGCCGCGAAGCAGCGCGGCGCGGUGUUCGUGGUGUUCGUGACAGGGGAUGAUGAACAGUCCACAGAGAUGACUACCAGCUGGGAGGAUGAGAAAGUGACUGAGGUGGCGGCAGAUGGCUUUGUGGCCAUUAAAAUUGAUACUCAAAGUGAAGCCUGCCUGCAGUUCUCGCAAAUCUAUCCUGUAGUGUGUGUUCCAUCCAGUUUCUUUAUAGGAGACAAUGGAAUCCCUUUAGAAGUAGUUGCUGGCAGUGUUUCCACAGAAGAACUUAUUACUAGAAUUAAUAAAGUCAAACAGAUGCACAUGUUAAAAAAUGAAGCAUUAGAAAAUCCUGCAUCAUGUUCAUCCUCUCUGUAUAAUGUCACAGAUGAUUCUGGAUCACAGACAUCAGAGCCUAUUGAAGCACAGCCUGAAAGCCUGCAUGUAUUUUCAACUUCUGAAAUAAAUUCAGUCCAGACAAAUUUGCUUCCUGAGGAAAACGACAGAAGAGCAGAACCACAGACUGUAGAUGACCUCACUGCCAAAGUAGAAAGAAUAACAAAAAAACUUGAACAAAGACAAGAGGAGAAAAAGAAAGAAGAAGAACAGAAAGAAAUCAAGAAAGAAAUUGAAAGAAGAAAAACUGGAAAAGAUAUGUUGGAAUACAAAAGAAAACAGGAAGAGGAAAGGACAAAACGAAUAUUGGAAGAAAAGAAUAGGGAAAAGGCUGAAGACAGAGCUGCUAGGGAACGUAUCAAACAGCAGAUUGCAUUGGAUCGUGCUGAAAGAGCAUCUCGUUAUGCAAAGGCACAGGAAGAAGCAGAAGCUGCAAAAGCUGCUGCUUUCCAAGCACAACAGGCGGAAAUGGAAGCCAAGAAGGAAGCUCUGCAGCUGGAGAGAAGUACUAUAGCAAGAAUUCAGUUUCGCCUCCCAGAUGGAUCAUCCAUUACUAAUAACUUUCCUGUAGAUGCUCGCUUGGCAGAGGCUCGAAAGUUUGCUUCCCAGACAGUUGGCAACACAUAUGGUAAUUUCUCAUUGGCUACAAUGUUUCCCAGGAGGGAAUUUACCAAAGAUGAUUAUGGCAAAAAAUUAUCAGAAUUAGAACUCGCCCCAAGCGCUUCAGUAGUAUUGUUGCCGGCAGGAAAGACAGCUACAGCAGCUGUGCAAUCUUCUGGUGGAGAUUUUUGGAAAUUGCUUGGCACAAUCCUUUACCCAUUGAUAGCUGUUUGGCGAUUUAUUAGCAACUUCUUGUUUAGCAGUCCUCCUCCUUCCCAGACUUCAGAAAGACCUCAUCAACAGGAACACUCAAAUCCUUCGUCUAGCACUACAGAGUCAAGCAGGCAAGUGGUCAGGAAACGAGUACUGGAAAAGCGGGGCGAAGAAUUCAAAAAAGAAGGCAAAAUCUAUAGACUGAGAACUCAAGAUGAUGGUGAAGAUGAUAACAAUACUUGGAAUGGAAAUUCAACUCAACAAAUGUAGUUUUACAAGUAAACUGUGUAUAGUAAUCAUUGAGGUUUUCUUUUCCCCUUAUUUGAUUUAAUUCCUUUAAACCUUCUGCUGCACAAAGUGGGCUUCUCUGGUGUGCUGCCUGAGCUCUACCUUAUUCCUGUCAUGGCACAUGCAAGGUAUUAAUCCAAGAGUAUAGCUGGAUACUUGAAUAGAACUACUGCCAAAGGCUCAAAGAUUGUAAAGAAUCCUAAUCUUCCAUUAGCUUUCAGAAUUUCAUACUUAAACGCCCUGUUGUCAUCUCAUAUGCACUUUUUUUUCUCUAUUGAUCUUGGAAAAAACAAAAUCCCAGGUGAAAUUGACUAGCAGAAGCCAUAACAACUAGUAUAUUGGAUAACUUAUUUUUCUUUAGUGCUUCUGCAACUACAAGCAAAUUCUAAUAGGUUUUUAAUCUCUAAGCAUUCAAUAAAAGUUUUUCCAGUAAA